AUGAAUCAAGCUUCCAUUGAAGAUAUUCUAAUUCCUAAUAUGGGGUAUUUAAGUGAGACACUUUAUGAGAUCGAUUGUGUGUUCAAAGGAUACUUGAUCAUUUCAUGGUUGCAGAUCGAAAUCCCGAUCAAGAUGGAAGUGAAAUUACUGAUUCGGGUUUGCUUAGAAGACAACGAUGAUGAUUUAAUCAAGAAUUCUCAUUCUCUUACACCCGUGAUGAUGGUGGCUAAUCUCAUCGACAACUAUCUUGUUGAGGUGGCAUCUGAUGUUAACUUGAAGCUCGAAAAGUUUCAAUCUUUGGCUGCUACUGUCCCUGAUUUUGCAAGUCGAAUGGUGAAACCUUGUAAUCCUAAUUUCGCAGGCACAUCCAUGGGUGACAGAUUCCGAUCGGGAGCUACUGUUCUGGUUUAUGGAUUGCCAAAAACUGUCACAAGAAGCCUGCACACAUGCCACCCAGAAUGA